AAAAAGAGUUUAAAAGUAAAUUUUGGCUGCGCGGAUAUUGUCCCUAACUACUAAUUUAGAGUCCCUAACUUAGAACUGAGUAAUAUCACGGAACGGAUUUUGUUCCGGACCUGGAACAUCGAGGAAGAUGGAUGCACAGAGAAGUAUCGUCAGGAAGAAACAUGUUGAAUAUUCCCCUAUGAUUGGGAUGGUGUUUCUCUUUAAUUUGAUUGUUGGAACAGGUGCUUUGGCACUCCCUAAAUCAUUCUCCAUGGCUGGGUGGGGUGUGAGCCUGGUCAUGAUAAUAGUUGUUGCCUUCUUGAGUUAUGUGACAGCCACAUAUGUGAUAGAGACAAUGGCAUGCGCUAAUGCUCUGCUUAAAGUUGAAAUCCUCAAAAAGAAUGAAGACCAUAGAUCUGGUGCCCAAUAUAGUUCUGAUAUUGAACCAGGUGAACAAAUACAACAGACUGAUACAGUUGAUGAAAGCACAGCCUUAUUGAGAGUGUCAGACGAAUCAAGACUUGACCUCUUUGAGAUUCAAGAAGUUAUUGAAAUGGGUUCCAUGGCGAAAAUAUUUUUCAACAAAGUUGGCUACAACUUAUUCUACCUCUGCAUCGCCGUCUACUUGUUUGGUGACCUGGCCAUCUAUGCAGCAGCUGUGCCUAAAACAUUAAGAGACGUCACAUGUACAUUCUACCCAAACGUGACUGACGGGAACCACAGUCUCACCAACAUAACCAACUUGUGCCCAACACUGAAGAAUGACGACCCGUGUUGGAUUGACACGACGUUAACUCGAAUUGAUAUAUAUAGAAUUUAUGUGGCAUGCUUCAUUUUCCUGCUUGGAUCUUUCGUCUUCUUCAACUUGCAAAAAACAAAGUACCUCCAAGUUGCCACAUCCGUCAUGAGGUGGAUAGCUUUCUUCACAAUGGUGAUAUUAACAAUUCAGAAAUUGGCGAAGGGAAAGGGCAAAGGUCAUCCGACAGUAGCAUCUCCCAUGUACAUUCCCAAUCUGUUUGGAAUCUGCGUCUAUUCUUUCAUGUGCCAUCAUUCCUUGCCACAGAUGAUAACACCCAUCAACAACAAAUCAUCUCUCUUUAAAUUAUUUGCUGGAAACUAUUUUUCUGUAUUUUUGUUUUAUUGUUUAUUGGCCUUUACCGGUAUAUUUUGUUUUUCAAAUGUUUAUGAUUUGUACACGCUCAACUUUCAACCACCAAAGUGUCCGAACGCUGCUCAGACUGACGACACCAUCACAACGUUUCCAGUCAUACAAUACUUCCUAGCACUGUUUCCAGUUUUUACAAUCAGCACAAGCUUCCCCAUUAUUGGCAUCACGUUGCGCAACAACUUGAAACACAUGUUCGGCUUUAUUGAAAAGGACGCACGUGCCAGAAUGCCAACGUGGCAAAAAUUUAUUGAUAGAUUAGUGUUUCCGACAGUUGUGUUGCUAAUACCAUUUGCCAUUGCUAUGGUGACGAGCGACAUUCAAUUUUUGGUGGGCAUCACUGGUUCGUAUGCCGGAAACUUCAUUCAGUACAUAGUCCCUGCCAGCUUAGUGCUGAUGGCUAGGAGGAGGAUGACCUCUAUAAGAAUUGAUGACAUUGCAAAGUUUAAAUCACCUUUCAAACACUUUGCGUGGGUCUGUCUCGUUUUCUCAUGGUCAAUUAUUUGUUUUAUUGUGGUCACUAUAAAUAACAUUCUCCUUUUAAAAUCAAGUGGUAAGCCUAAAACAAACUUUUUGCAAAUAUUUUGAAAUUAUUGUAUUCUUUUGUACAUCAACUAUUAAAAUAUUUUGUUGGAUUUGUUUUGUUUUAAGAAGUAUUAAUAAGACAUUUUGUUCAGAAUAUAAGCUUUUAUAUACAUAA